AUGAGGGAAUACAAGCUGGUCGUCCUGGGCAGUGGUGGUGUUGGAAAAUCAGCUCUGACAGUGCAGUUUGUUCAAGGAAUUUUUGUUGAAAAAUAUGAUCCCACAAUAGAAGACAGUUAUAGAAAACACGUUGAAAUAGACGGUCAACAGUGUAUGCUGGAAAUAUUGGAUACUGCUGGAACUGAACAAUUUACAGCCAUGCGAGAUCUGUACAUGAAAAAUGGACAAGGGUUCUUACUGGUUUAUUCCAUUACUGCUCAGUCAACUUUCAAUGACCUCCAGGACCUGAGAGAGCAGAUCUUGAGAGUCAAAGAUUUAGAAGAGGUUCCAAUGAUUUUGGUUGGAAACAAGUGUGACCUGGAAGAUGAGAGAGUUGUGGGCAAAGACCAGGGACAGAACCUGGCUCGUAGUUGGAACUGUGCAUUCCUUGAAACAUCAGCCAAAUCUAAGCUUAAUGUCAAUGAGAUAUUUCAUGAUUUGGUUCGUCAGAUAAGUAAAAAAACACCUGAACUGAAGACAAAGCAAAAGAAGAAAUCAUGCUGUCUCUUGUAA